CAGGGACAGGGGCCGGUUCCCCCGGUGGCCGCUCCCCGCUGCCUCAUCCGCAGCUGCUGAAACUCCCCGGAGCCUGGAGCGGCCCAGGCGGGAAUAAUCCCUGGAAUAUGGGCGUGUCCGAGCUCGUGACACAGAAAUGAAAGUUCCAUCCCAGCUGAUGUGCGCACACCCGGGACCGGGCUGAGCCGUUCCUGCUCAGCAGCCGCGGGUUUUGUGUCACACAUCUGGACAGAUGCGCACAGGCCCCGCCGAGCCCUUCUCUCUGCGCAGAGCCGCUGCCCUCAUCACCGCGCUGUCACCUUGCCCCCACAGCCGCCACUAAAGCCGGAUCUGUUUGCUUUUAGGACUCCGGGCUGCCCUCCCGCCUUCUCUGCUCCGGGACCAGGGAGCAGUGCGAGCGAUGGCUCUGGCGCUCAGGUGCCUCCGCCCUCUCCCGUCCCUGCUGCGCCGAGCCUCCUGUGCCGGGGCCCGGGCGCUGCCCCAGGCUCCCCGAGGCUGCCCAGCCCCGCUCCCGGAGGGCUGCAGCCGGGGUGUGCAGCACCUGCUGCUGAGCAGACAGCUGGCUACCAAAAAAGCUAAAGGUAAAGGGCAGAGUCAAGCCAAAGUGAAUAUCAGUGCUGCCCUAGUUGAGGAUAUUAUCAAUUUGGAGGAAACCAGUGAAGAUAUGCAGGCAGUCAUAGAAGCUCUGAAAGAAGAUUUCAACAGAAAUCUCAAUGUUAGGACCUCACCAGGGGCCCUGGAUCACAUAACUGUGGUGACAAAAGAUGGGAAGUUUCCGCUGAACCAGCUGGGGCAGAUCUCACAGAAGUCACCGCAGCUCAUGAUAGUGAGCAUGACCAAUUUCCCAGAGAGCACAGCUGCAGCUGCCAAGGCCAUAAGGGAGAGUGGCAUGAACCUGAACCCAGAGGUGGACGGGACGGUGAUUCGGGUGCCAGUUCCCAAGGUCACGAGAGAGCACAGGGAGAGCCUGGCCAAGCUGGCCAAGCAGUCCACCAACAAGUCCAAAGAGGCCCUGAGAAAGGUGAGAAGCAAAAGCAUCACCCAAGUAAAGAAGUCCAAGAACAAAGUGUCAGAAGAUACCAUCUGGCUGCUAGAAAAGCAGAUCCAGCAAAUGGCAGAUGAGGCUGCCACAGAGAUGGACAAGCUGCUGGCAGCAAAGACCAAGGAGCUGCUUGGAUAAACACCAUGGCCACAGUCCCCUGGAGCAGGAAUGGACUGGCACACACACAGCAGCCUCAGGGAUGGGCAGGGGCAGCUCUGUGCCUCGGCUGCUCCCCCUGCCUACCUUGGGCUGUGCUGGAGGGAAGGGGGAGCUCUCCUUGCUGUCCUUUAUCCAGGUGGAACAGAAUUGGAUGAACUGAGAUAAAAAAUAAAGUAUCAGGAAGAACUGGA